ACACGCUCAGACACCUCAGGACUCUCUUUUUAUCCUCCACCACCGAGCCUACAGCUGUUGCGAAACCACAGAGUUCGUCGACUUGUAUUUCGGUAAUCAACGACAGUACGCUCAGUCAGAUCACUACAAGCACGACCCCGCCACCGACAUGUCUCCCAAGGAUAUCUCGUACUCAAACGCAUUUGAUGAGCUCUUACCACUCGAGAUCAAGCAGGUGAUCUUCAAAUGGGCAGCGAGCGACAACAGCAGCGAGAUCCAGAUCAGGCUUUUGCACGAUAACCAAGACCGGCUCGAUGCACCAGCUGUCAACUUCCUCGCGAAGUUGAAGGAUCAGCACUCGACCGACGCAUAUACUCAAGCCGUGCAGUACCUUACUGGAUCAACAUUUCGAUGGGUCUUUAGCAGCGAUCCGCAGCCACAUCGAUACCUUCUCCGUGCUUUCAGAGAUUCGGUUAGAAUGAACGAGUCGAUGGAGCAGUUAGUAGUAGAUUUAUAGGCCGGAAACCAGUUUUUGUCUUCUAGCAAAGGUAUGUUCAGAGUGAAAGAUCGAUCACAGUGUGGUAUGGUAUAUUUACCAUGUCAGUGAGAACUGAUAUAGAAUGAAGAGACUUUUUGUUGGGGAG